AUGACGUAUUGGAUGAAACCGAUCACUCGCUGCUGAGACUGUGUCUCUCACGCAUUGUCACUUGCUACGCACGGAUCAAGUUCAGCGUCUCUCGAUGUAUCUUCCCCGAAGUAUUCCUACCGAUAGGCUGGAGGUCCUCAUCAACAAUUUCGAUACCCAUGGGCUUACGGCUGACUCUUGUGCCCUCUUUGAACAAAUUGCUGCCAAAUUUGUAUCUGAUGACGCAUGUAUUGAAGACCUGCUGGCUCUGAUCCUUAAUUUGAAUGUUGGCAAGAAUCAUCACUCGCAAGAAUACCGUGUUCGGUGCAUCUUGGAAUAUGUGAUUGAAUCCCCUGAUGAUUGGCACCAAGUCGAUUCUGAAAUGACAGUCUAUCGCCGUGUCGCCUCAAUCAUGGAUUAUCUUUUUCGGUCAACAGGCAUUAAAUUAGUGAAUGGCGAAUCCAUCAGCCAGUGCACCAAAUCAGCUCGCCAGGGUUGGCACACGAACCUACGGCAGCUAUUCUCCAGGCAUUAAGGACACUGUUGGAGAAUCAGGGCAGACAAGAUAUAACUCCAGUCUCUCGAGUUCGUAUACGUAAACCCGACACGUAUAAUGGCGACCGUAGUCUGGAUACCGCGAUUGGUUGGGUACGCAUGUUUGAAAUGGUACC